AGACUGGACCAGUUAGGUCCUUUGCCUAGUGAUUCAUUUAUAAAAUCUUACGUAAUGCACUGGAUCCUUUCUUUCCAUGCAUUGCACUCUUUUCAGGCAAUUGAACAUCACUUCACCAAGAAAAUUUAAGAAAUGAAGAUCAGGGGUGCUAUAAUAUUUUUCCUGAUCGUCAUUCACUUAAUCUCAGCUGUCUCUGCUCAUUCGAUUCACGGUUGUGGUGGCUUCGUCAAGGCGAGUUCAUCUCUAAUAAAGUCGAGGAAGGCAACUGAUGCGAGGUUGGAUUAUUCUAAUGUCACAGUUGAACUACGCACUGUUGAUGCGUUGGUAAAGGACAGUACGCGGUGUGCUCCCAAUGGCUAUUACUUCAUUCCAGUGUAUGAUAAGGGUUCAUUUGUAGUUAAAGUCAAUGGACCAGAUGGAUGGUCAUGGGACCCUGAUAAGGUACCAGUUACUCUUGAUGACAAUGGUUGCAAUGGUAUCGAAGACAUUAAUUUUUUAUUCACAGGGUUUAGCAUCUCUGGUAGGGUUGUGGGAGCUAUUGGUGGAGAGAGCUGUUUGGUGAAAGACGGUGGUCCUUCUAAUGUGAAUAUUGAACUUCUCUCUCGUGAUGGUGAUCUCAUAUCAUCAUUUGUAACAUCAUCUGAAGGCAGUUGUUCAAAAAUAUUAUUCCUGGAAAAUACAAACUACAUGUAUCACAUCCUGAUUUGAGAGUUGAAGUUAGAGGUUCCAGGGAGGUUGGAUGCUAUGUUAUUGUUUUAUUUCAUCCUUUUGGCCAGUUAAACCACUUCUUCUUUUUUUCCCUUGAUAAUCAUAAAUUUACAUGUCAAUUUUUGCUGGUAAAUAUACAGAAAUUUGAAAUUGAAUCACAUGAAAAUGUUCUUGCAGCUGCAACUGAGGUUUGAAAAUGGUAUAGUUGCUGAUAUUUUCUUUGUCCCUGGGUAUGACAUUCAAGGGUCUCUCGUUGCUCAGGUAUUCGGAGGCAACAGUUGCAUGAAAAAUGAAACAUUAUCUGUAUUUAUAAGUUUUGUUAGUAUUUUUUUGUUUGUUUUUAAUGAAUUCUUAUAUUUGAACACCUUUCUCCUUUCCACUAAUUAUGUUAAUUCACUUAUGAGAUAGGCCAUCUUUUGGUGAAUGAUUUAAGAAGAUAAAAAUCUAUCAUUGAUUCUUUUACCUCCACAGUAAGUUUUAUUUAUUCAAAUUUCGGAAGAGUUAUGUUAGGUUAUAGACCAAUGAUUAUCUAAAAAUGUGUUGCACUGUGUUUUUCUCUUAUUGAUAGCUGGAUGCCACUUUUACUGUCCUGACAGGGAGAUCCAAUCCUAGGAGUUCACAUAUAUUUAUAUUCAGAUGAUGUCGUUGAGGUAGACAGCCCCUUAGGUUCUGGGAAUGCCUUGGGACAAAGAAAAGCUGUCUGUCAUGCCAUUACUGAUGUUGAUGGAAAGUACACCUUUAAAUCAAUACCUUGUGAACAAAAUCUUGCGUCUGAUGGAAAAGUCAUGGGCUGGAGAUUGUUUUGCUCUGAGCGGAAUUAACUCCUGCACCAGUGUUCCCAGUCAUUGUUGGAUUUUCAGUGAUUGCACUUUUUAUCACUAUCCCUAAGUUGAAGGGUCUAUAUCAAUCCACAAUGGGAAUACCAACACCAAGAUUUACAGUGACUACUAAAAAGGAAGCAUGAAGGCCAGUUAUGAGAAAGAAGACAUACUGAAGACAUCGUAAAGCACCAAAGUGAAUUCGAAGUACCGAGAAACUUGGCCCCCAAGAUUCCUAAACGAGCAACGGAACUCACAAUUUUCUCUCUCUUGGGAACGGCCCAACGGCCACACAAAGGUAGCAAUAUAAUUUUUAGUCUUGCGGGACUGAAUUAAUGAUCGCUUUAAUGUAAAAUAUAAAUUAUUAUUGUAAUAUUAAUUUUCAAUGCUGCA